GCGAAGCCAUGGAUUCUGUAGUCCUCCAGCUGUGGGCUGUCCUCUGUCUCUUGGUUCACCUUGCUGCUUGCAGUCCCAUCCUGAGCUUGGAGCACUCUUCCUUGGAGGAAGACGUGCCUCUUUUCGACGAGAUUCUCUCCGAGCAGGAUGGUGUUGAUUUCAACACGCUGCUUCAGAAUAUGAAAAACGAGUUCCUGAAGACGUUGAACCUCUCCGACAUUCCCCUGCAUGAAACGGCCAAGGUGGAUCCACCAGAGUACAUGCUAGAGCUGUACAACAGGUUUGCCACUGAUAGGACAUCCAUGCCAUCCGCAAACAUCAUUAGGAGCUUCAAAAAUGAAGACUUGGCUUCCCACCCUGUUGGUGUUACAGGAAUUCGGAAAUACCCUCUUCUAUUCAAUGUUUCCAUCCCUCACCAUGAAGAAAUCACCAUGGCAGAGCUGAGGCUCUACACCUUGGUGGAGCGUGACCAAAUGCUCUACGAUGGGCUUGACCGGAAGGUCACCAUUUAUGAAGUGCUGGAAAAUGACCAUAUGGGGGUAGGAGAAGAAAGAAGAACAACAGUGGCACUGGCAUCCAGGCACAUCUAUGGCACAAGCAGUGAGUGGGAGAGCUUUGAGGUCACUGAAGCCAUCAGGCGUUGGAGAAGGGCAGGACUGACCACACACCGGCUGGAAGUUCAUAUAGAGAGCAGGGAAGGUGAGGAGCAGAAUGGGGAGGGCAAACUUGAUAUCGACAUCAACUCUGAGGCUAAGCAUGAGCCCCUGUUGAUUGUGUUCUCUGACGACCAAAGCAAUGACAAAAAAGAGGAGAAGCAAGAGCUGAACGAAAUGAUAGACCACGAGCAGCUCCUGGACUUGGAGAACCUGGAGGUUGGCAAUUUCCACGGGCAGCCCGGUGAGGAGGCGCUGCUCCAGAUGCGCUCCAACAUCAUCUACGACUCCACCGCCCGAAUCCGGAGGAACGCAAAAGGCAACUACUGCAAAAAGACUCCACUCUACAUAGAUUUCAAGGAGAUUGGCUGGGAUUCCUGGAUCAUCGCCCCAGCAGGAUAUGAAGCUUACGAGUGCCACGGAGUGUGUGCCUACCCCUUGACAGAGCACGUCACACCGACGAAACAUGCCAUUGUCCAGACUUUGGUUCACCUGAAGAACCCCCAGAAAGCCUCCAAGGCCUGCUGCGUGCCCACCAAACUUGAUCCCAUCUCCAUUCUCUACUUAGAUGCAGGGGUGGUCACCUACAAGUUCAAAUACGAAGGCAUGGUGGUAUCAGAGUGUGGCUGCAGAUAGUAGGAGGGAGCACACGCGCAGAGGGGUGCACAGGGGAAGUAUUUAAUGAUUCAGUCUGUAAAUUUGUACAUUUUGGGUUUCCUAUUUAAUAAGGUUAUUUAAUGAGGCAUGUACAGUUAAUUGUAUGUUUCCUGUUAGGGGAAUGGGCAAGUCGCACGACCGUAGGGAA